CCCUCUCUACCUCUAUAAAAAAAUCUCAAUCUGAGGUUUUCUUCAAAACCUGCACGAUCAGCUUCUCUCUCGAGCCCUACUUUAUUUGCAUCCAGACCCAUCUUUUCUUUCGAACCCCUUCGUUCUAGAUCUGGAGAUCAACAUGUUUUAUUCCUUGAUGCAGUUCAUCUCUCGGAAACAAAUCAUGUGAUGCGAAUUAGUUUGGGAGAUUACGAGGAAAUUGUUUAACACCCAUCACUUUAUCAAUAUGAGUAUCGAACCGUUUAACAGGUUGGUGAAACUUGCAGCUCGGGCAUUUUACGAUGAUGUGACAACAAAAGGAGAUAAUCAACAUAAGAUGGGUCGAGGGGAUAAUAGAGGGAUUGCUGUUGUAGUGCUUGAUGCUCUUACUAGGAGACAAUGGGUUAGGGAAGAAGAUUUUGCAAAGGAGUUGAAACUACAUUCUAAGCAACUUCGGCGGAUUUUACGGCUAUUUGAGGAAGAAAAAUUAGUCACCCGCGAUCAUAGGAGAGAGACAGCAAAAGGGGCAAAGAUGUAUAGUGCUGCAGUUGCUGCGACAGUUGAUAAUCAAGUGGGUGGUAAAGAGGGAGAGGAGAAGAUUAAAUUGCACACUCACUCGUACUGUUGUCUAGAUUAUGCACAGAUAUAUGAUGUUGUUAGGUAUAGACUUCAUCGUAUGAAGAAAAAAAUAAAGGAUGAACUUGAGGACAAGAAUACCGUUCAGGAGUAUGUAUGCCCUGGCUGUGGGAAAAGAUACAAUGCUUUGGAUGCAUUGCGAUUAGUUUCUUUGGAGGAUGAAUAUUUUCACUGUGAAAGAUGUAAUGGAGAAUUGGUGGCAGAGAGUGACAAGUUAGCUGGACAGGAUGUAGGAGAUGGGGAUGACAAUGCAAGACGAAGGCGACGUGAAAAGUUGAAGGACAUGCUUCAGAAAAUGGAGGUGCAGCUUAAACCAUUAAUGGAACAACUCAAUAGAGUAAAAGAUAUGCCUAUUCCUGAAUUUGGAAGUCUCCAAGCAUGGGAAGCUCGAGCUAGUGCUGCCGGGCGUGCAGUACAUUCUGGUUCAAAUGAUCCUUCCAAAAAUUCUCAGGGUUAUGGGGGGACACCUAUGCCAUUUCUUGGGGAGACAAAGGUUGAAGUUGCCUUUCCUGGUGUUGAUGGCAAGGAAGAUGUCAAGUCUGAAAGUGCAAGCUCAUCCUUGAAAGUUUUGCCACCUUGGAUGAUAAAGCAAGGAAUGAACCUGACAAAGGAACAACGUGGAGAGGUCAAGCAGGAGUCAAAGAUAGAUGGCAACUCAGCACAACCUGAUCUUUCAGAUGACAAGAAGUCCACUGCUGAAAAUGAUGAUAAGACGAAUAUACAGGACGAGUAUCUUAAAGCUUAUUAUGCUGCUUUGUAUAAGAAACAACAAGAACUAGAAGCCGCCGCUAAGAAACAAGAACUGUCAGAUGUUCCUCCAGCCACUAGUCUUUCUGACUCUUCCAAUCGUCAAGUUGGUAUGAAAGUUAAACGUAAUGACACUGAGGGAGACGAUGAUAUUUGUUGGGAAGAAGCUCCUAUUGCAGGUUAUACAACUGAGAGUUAUAAGGUCGACCUGAAUGUCGAAGCAGAAGAAUCUGGAGAUGAUGAGGAUGAUGUAGAUUGGGAGGAAGGGUGAGAGCAAACAAGGAUUCAGCUUCCUUUGAUCUGCAUGAUGUUGACAAUGGUAAUGGAUGGUUUUCCCGUCACGUUUCGCAUCAUGAGCUCUUUGAAGAUUUUCAAGUGUAUUCGAAUUGCUCAUUAGUAUCGGUUGCAGUGGGAAGUCCGAUGAUGUUUUUCGUGCACUUAAUUCUUGAUUCUAGCCAAGUCAUUAUAAACUGUGGACAAAGUAAUAGGGUAAGGAAAGUAUUUAUCAUAAUUUUCUAACCUCUUGAGUUGUACUUCACCAAGGAACCCAAGGUGUUAAGUGGAACCGUGUAUCUAUCUAUGUUGUAGGCGUUAGUAAGAAGACAUAUAUCUUCAUUUCA